UAGACGAACGCCUCCAUGCCAAAUUUGAUAAGUAUUCGUGGAGGGGAACUGGUCGGUGGGCCCUGGAUUGCUCAAUUGGUUAAAGAACAGUCGCCCGGAAAGCGAAAGAUCCGUGGUUUCGAGUCCCGGUCCAGUUUUUUUCACGAAUCUUACAUAUAUAUCUCACUCAUUCAUUUUAUUUGUCCACAUUGUUCCAAUCUGAUAUUUGCAAUUGAUUUUGAUAAUAUUGAUAAACAACCACCCGUUGUCAAAACUAGAUUUGGUUCUAUUAUAGGAAAGUGGAGUAAAAGUUCUAAAGGAUUAAAUAUCGCUAAUUUUCUUGGUAUACCUUAUGCUGAACCACCAAUUGGUAAUCUACGAUUUCGAAAACCAAAAGCAUGGAAUAAUUCAUGGGAUGUAAUAGAAGCACAAUCGGAUGGUCCACCAUGUAUUCAACUAAUCAAACUAAACACCACAAUUGGCUCAGAGGAUUGUCUUUAUUUAAACGUCUUCGUUCCAGCGAAACGACCAGAUGUAAAACAUUCUAAACACCCUGUAUUAGUAUUUAUUCAUGGUGGAGCAUUUAUUAAAGGUAGCAGCAAUAGCAAAUUAUAUCCAUCAACUUAUUGGGCAGAUCAACAAAUUAUUUUAGUCACGUUUCAUUAUCGAUUAGGUCCUUUUGGAUUUUUCAGUUUGGGUAAUAGCAUUGCCCCAGGUAAUUAUGGAUUAAAGGAUAUGGUGAUGGCCUUGAAAUGGGUGCAACAAAACAUAGAAAGUUUUGGAGGUGAUCGAAAUUCCGUAACACUGAUGGGUUCAAGUUCUGGUGCAGCUUCCAUACAUAUUUUAUCAUUAUCGAAGAAAACCGAAGGGUUAUUCCAUAAAUAUAUAUUACAUAGUGGUACAGCAUUAACACCAUGGGCAGUACAUUCAAAACAUAAAAUAAGAGAAGCUUCCGAAAGUAUAGCCAAUUAUUUGACUUGUCCAACAGUUUUAGACGUUGUUAAUUCAUUAAUUAGUAAUUCGAUUGUUGCAAAUGAUAAUAAUGAUAUUAAAGAAGAUUGGAAUGUUGCAAAAUCAACAGAUAAAAGAUCUUACAAAAUGGAUUUAGAAAUAAUUAUGUGUAUGAGAUCAUUUGAUGCCGAAUCUAUUUUGAUUGCACUUUCACAUCACUAUUCUCAACAUAAACAUCCAUAUUGUGUUUUUGUACCUACAAUCGAGGAUGAAUCAAGUGAAGCCAUUUUAACGAUGCACCCUAUAGAAAUAAUAGAAAAAAAACUCUUUCGUGACAUACCCGGUAUAAUGGGGGUAGUUAAUGACGAAGGUUUACUCAAGACAUAUGAUUUAUACGUGGACUCUGAGAACCUGAAAAUAUUUGUAGAUCAAUUUGACACGAUACUUCCAAAGUUUUUGGAAAUGCCAUAUGUUAUUAAUAGACAUGGUUUUGUCAAUGCCAUUAAAGAUUUUUAUUUUGAAGACAAUGAUAUUAACACACAAUUGCAAAAGAUCACAGAGAUUACAAGCGAUGGAAUAUUUAUAUGGUCAGUUUACAAAACAAUGAGUUAUUUAUCAAAAGUCAUGAAAUCAAAUUUGUAUUUAUUUUAUUUCAACUAUUUUGGGACAUUUAGUAAUACUCAAGUAUUUGGUUCAAAACCUUUAGGUAUAUCUCAUUCUGACGAUAUUAAAUAUUUCUUUCCAUCGUUGCAAUACGAUUUAUCGUCUAAUACUAAAAGUGAUACAAUCAUGAUACACGUAUUGACAGAAUUAUGGUCAAAUUUUAUAAAAAAAGGGGUGCCGAGUACUUGGAGUGUACCCAAUUGGCCAGCGUAUCGUAAUCAUCACGAAUUCAUGCUUUUCAAUGGUAAUCAAGAAGUUAAUAUUACGAUAGAAAAAUUCGAUAAUUAUUUUGUUUUAAAAGAAAGAAUGAACUUUUGGAAUAAUUUAAUGUAUAAUUAUAGUAAUCAAUUUCCUAAAUGGUAUUUAUAUGAUGAAAAUAUUCAUGAUAAACAUAAUGGUUGUUAUCAAUUGCAAAUAACAAACUGUUAUGUUUAUAUUUUAACUAUAUUUAUGAUUGUUUCGAUAUAUGUAUGACACAUUGAUUUUAAAGAUUUUGUUUGUUUGUUUGUUUUUGUUUUUUUUUUUUUUAAUAUUUCUAUUAAUUAUAUUUUUAUUCAUUUGCAUUUUUAAUUAGUUCUUAAGUAUGUCAAUUGAUUAUUUGCAAGUUCCUAAGUGGGCUGAAAGUUUUUAAAUAAAUCAAAUAAAUAAUAAUACAUUGUAACAUUGUAAUUAUGAAAUAUGACAAAAUUUGUUAUUUACAAUAUCAAGUAUAUUUGAUUUACCUAAUAGAA